AUGCCAGGAUCACAAAUUUGGAGCGCUCAGUUGUGUCGAGUGCCUGUUCGUGCAUCGAGAUGUACAGCUCCCGCGGCCCGAUACCUGUCAACGUCAUGUCAACGAAGACAACAGAGCACGGCGACUUCCUCAGCGCAAGAUGAUCACAAGAAUGAUCCCACACCCACAGAGGAGAAGGAAGAAGGUGCCAUGGCCCGUCGUUUGUCGCAGAUGACUGAGGAUGCCAUAUUGGAAGGUGGCCGAUCAGCUCGCCGCAACAUUGAACACGCCGGGUUCUCGGAGGAGUUGAAGAGACAAUUGGAGGAACGUGUGAAAGCAGCUUCAUUUAAGAGUGAAUAUGCAGCAGCACACUCGAUUUUGAAUAUGCCGGCCAGCGCCGGUCAAGGAACGCGCGAGAUAGCCGCAGCCCCAGCAUGGACAGGCACAGAGAGCUUUCAAGACACAGCCCUCCGCAUGCUGGACGACGCCAGCAAACCAAUGCGAACGCCCUACAAAAUCCCCCAACCCGUGAACCUCCAACCCGCUGCCAAACCCAGGCACUCGCCCGGAACCCGUCUCGCCUCCGCAAAAGAGCGCACAUCCAAAUACACCCUAAGCCAAGACGCAAGUCUCUCCGACGACCAACGGGCAGCCAUGCGUCGAGAAAUGAAAGAAAAGUUAAUGCCAGGCGCUCACUCAAUGCCCAUAUCCAUCCAGGGCCUCUCAUCGCUCGCGAACGAGCGAAUCGAAGACGCCAUUGCGCGCGGACAAUUCGAUAAAAUCAAACGCGGCAAGGGUGUUAAUACCGAGACGGAUCAUAAUGCGAAUAGUGCUUUCAUCGAUACGACGGAGUACUUUAUGAACAAGAUUAUUCAGAAGCAGGAGAUUGUUCCGCCGUGGAUUGAGAAGCAACAGGAGCUUGCGUCCGAGUUGAGUCGGUUUCGUCAGCGGAUACGUAUGGAGUGGAGGAGGCAUGCUGCGAGGUUGAUUGCGAGUCAGGGCGGGUCUUUGGAGGCGCAGAUGCAGCGGGCUAGGGGGUAUGCUGCUGCUGAAGCGCGGUUGACUCAAAAGGCGAAGAUGGAUGCUUUGCUGAGGGAUGAGAAGAGUGAUGAUUCGGUUUCUGAGAUUGCCUCGGAUGGACGGAUUGUGUCGAGGUCUGCAUCGCCAGAAGCAAUCGAAUCUACCAAUCAAGAGGUGGAGGAUACUCUGCAUCUUCCACCGCUGCGAGAUGAAAGUUAUCUCGCUAUUGAACGCUCCUAUCAUGAACUCGCUGUGAAAAAGCUCAACGCUAUCGCCCGGUCAUACAAUCUACAAGCACCACGCUCGGCUCAGAAACCAUAUGUCAAUCUUGACCGUGAGUUGAAGUCCUGCUUUGCCGAAGUCGCUCCGCAACUUGCAGAGGAGAUACGACGACGUGCAACAGAGCGUGCACGCCCAUCGGUAUCCGUGGCUGCUCCAAGGUCGAACGUGCUCGGGUCGCUGGGCAUGGCACAAUCUGUGCAUGUCUACGAGGAGGAUAAAGAGAAUGGGUAUGGAAUGAAGGAACUCUGGAGAGACUUAUUCUCUAAAAAGGCAUAA